CAGUCAGCCGGUUGGCGCUCUCCGCUCCGGGAGGCAGGGCAAUGAGUGAGGCAUGGAAGGUCCGCAGGGACGUGGUGUCCCCCAGGGGGAGUCCGGUGCCGCACAGACAGGACCACACUGAAUCCUCUCAACAGUCCCGAGGGAGCACCUUCACCCCAUUCGGACGAGGACCUGAGGCCUUGGCCAGGCCACACAGCUGACAUGAACUUCCAGGUGACCGGCCUGGGCCGGGACGAGGUGAAGCUGGACAGUCCCCGGUCCUUCCUGGACCAGGAGGACGUGGAGGAGGCUGAGGACCAGCAGCUGCUGGAGCCAGCGGCUUGGAGGGCCUACAUGGAGCGCCGCACUGCGCUGCGCGAGUUCCUGACCACGGACCUGAGCUCCCACCUGCUCAAGCGCCACCACGCCCGCCUGGACCUGCUCAAGAAGUGCUCCUACCACAUCGAGAUCCUCCCCAAGCACCUGGCCCUGGGCGACCAGAACCCCCUGGCUCUGCCCAACGCCAUGUUCCAGCUCAUCGACCCCUGGAAGUUCCAACGCAUGAAGAAGGUGGGCACCGCCCAGACCAAGAUCCAGCUCCUGCUGCUCGGAGACCUGCUGGAGCAGCUGGACCGCGGCCGCGCCGAGCUGGACGCCCUGCUGGAGUCGCCGGACCCGCGGCCCUUUCUGGCGGGCUGGGGCCCGGUGGCACAGAGGCUGGCCGAGCUGUCGGCGGUCAUGGACAGCUUCCUGGCCACGAUGGUCCCCGGGCGCUUGCACAUCAAGCACCGCCUGGUGUCCGACAUCGGCGCCACCAAGAUCCCACACAUCAGGCUCAUGCUGAGCACCAAGACGCCCGUCCUGUUCGACCGGAAGGGGUCGGUGGCGCACCAGGACUGGGCCAGCCUGCGCUGGUUCGUGACCACCCAGCCGGCGGCCCCCGAGCAGUUCGAGCUGCGCUUCAAGCUGCUGGACCCGCGGACGCAGCAGGAGCGCUCGCGGUGCGGCGUCAUCCCCGUGGCCGCCUGCGCCUUCGUCAUCCACGACCUGCUGCCCAGCCGCUGCUACAAGUUCACUGUCAAGCGAGCGGAGAGCUACACGCUGGUGUACGAGCCUUGGCGGGACAGCCUCACCCUGCAGACCAGGCCGGGGCCCCCAGGAGGGCCCUCCCCCAGCCGGCUAGGCAAGCCGGGCCUGCCCCUGACCACGCUUUCUGAGAGAUGAUUUUCUAAUAUUUAUCCACGAAUAAAGACUAUAAACACACACACAAUUAAACAAACAAACCUACUUACGUUUUAGAGGCAGCGGCAGCCAUGUGAGCGUUUGCUCUGACUCUGCCCGGCCUACCCCCCAGCCCCAGGCCCCCCAGGCUCCUGCCCCCUUUCCCAGGGGGCACCCCAGGCUGGACCUUCCGGGACAGCUGAUCCCCGGCAGCUGGCGGCCACGAGCAAUGCCGAGAGCUGCUCCACGGGGCCCUGCCCUGCCAGCCCCUCCCGCAUCUCCCCCUUCCCCUCUUCCGCCCGGUAAGCAGCCGUACGACUUGGCACAGGCCCUGGCUAUCUCUUCCUGUGUCCUAAGCCAGGGUUCCCCA